GAGCGAGCAGCGCAUACGCCCCGUCUCAACAUACCAUUUUUGGCAAAUUUAAUUUUAAUAAUACUAGUUUCACAUUAUUAAUGAAAAAAAAAUUAAUUUAUAAUAAUGUAAACGAUUGAUUGUAAUAAUAAUAAUAUUAAAAAAAUGUAUAUAUAGUUAAAGAAAAAAAAUAAUAAAAUAUCCACAAACGAUCAAUUCAGACUAUUUUAAUUCAGACUAUCAAUCAGACUAUUUUUGUCUAUUUUUUAUUAAUAAUAAUUUUCUGAAAAACAUUUGACUAAUGUGACGAAAGAGAUAAGGAAAGUUUUUGAAAUCUUUUAAUUUACAUUAAAAAUUUAUUGUUUAAUAUUUUUAAGGUAAAAUUCAUGGCAACGUAUUUACGGAAAUAGUUCAUUUUAUUUUAAUCAUUUAUGAUGGAUGUUUUUCUGCUUAUUUCGGUUUUUUGCAUCAUCGAAUUCAGCAAAGCUGAUAACUGUAUACCUCGAAAAUUUCCAGAUGGAAUAGUCUGUGUUUGUAACGCGACAUAUUGCGAUUCAAUAGAAAUUGAUGUUCCACCAAAAGAAAAAUUUCGAAGCUAUAUAUCGAGUAAAGAUGGCAAACGAUUUGAGGUUGAAGAUGGUGAUUUUAGCACUGAGAUAACAAAUGAUGGAAUUGUAUUUAGUUUAAGUUCAACAAGAACUUAUCAAACAAUCAACGGAUUUGGUGGUGCAUUUACUGAUUCAACAGGAAUUAAUAUCAAUAAACUAAGUAAUGCUACUCGAGAACAAUUAUUACAAACAUAUUUUAGUAAAAGAGGGAGUUCAUAUUCACUCUGUCGAGUUCCAGUUGGUGGUACAGAUUUUUCAACACGACCAUAUACACUGGAUGACUCACCAGAUGAUUAUAAACUUGAAAAAUUUUCUCUCACAAAUGAAGACCAUGAAUACAAAAUACCAUAUAUGAAAAAAGGGUUGGAAAUAAAUCCAAAAUUAAAAUUUGUUUCUGCUUCAUGGUCAGCUCCAGCUUGGAUGAAAACAAAUAAUAAUAUUCGUGGUUUUCUUGGAAAACUUCAAAGCCAAUAUUAUCAAAUAUAUGCCAAUUAUUUAGUUAAAUUUUUAGAAGCUUAUAAAAAUCAAAAUUUACCCAUAUGGGCAAUAUCAACAGGCAAUGAACCACUAGAUCCACUUAUUCCAUUUGUACCAAUAAAUGAUAUGCUAUGGACUCCUGCAAGUGUUACCAAUUGGGUAGUAAAUAAUUUUGGACCAACACUUGAACAUUCAAAUUCCAGUGAAACAAUUAUUCUAGCACUUGAUGAUCAACGUUUUCUUUUACCAUGGGCAAUAGAUCAAAUGUAUAAAACAAAUAAAAAUAUAGAUAAAUAUAUUUCUGGUAUUGCAGUACAUUGGUACGGUGAUAUAAUUUCAAGUGUCAAUGUUUUUGAUAAAAUUCAUAAAAAAUAUCCAAAUAAAUUUCUACUUAUGUCUGAAGCCUGUUCUGGCUCUUUUCCUGAACCUAAAGGAGUUAUAUUAGGAUCAUGGGAACGAGGAGAAAAUUAUAUUAAAUCAAUCAUUGAAGACAUGAAUCAUUGGAUUACUGGUUGGGUAGAUUGGGAUUUGGUUCUUGACAGAAAUGGUGGUCCAACUUGGGUAAAUAAUAUUGUGGAUUCUCCAAUUAUUGUUAAUCCUGAGACUGACGAAUUUUUUAAACAACCAAUGUACUAUGCUCUUGCUCACGUUAGUAAAUUUGUACCACCUGGUUCUGUUAGAAUAAAAAUUGUAGGCCUUAAUUUAUGGGUUCAAUCAACAGCAUUUAAAACACCUGACAAUAAUAUUGUCAUUUUACUUCACAAUCCAGCUAACCGAAAGAAAAAAUUGAAUAUUGUUGAUGAAGAUGAAAAUAAAAUUAUUGGCAUUGAAAUUGAUCAACGAUCAAUACGUACAAUUAUUUAUAAAAAAUAAUUUUUACAAUAAAAGUACUAAAUCAAUUAUUUAAAAAAAUAAAAAAAA